UAGUGUCAGUUCUGUACUGCCGCCUUUAAUUGACCUGAACGUGACCAUUGCCUGUGAAACCAAGUCCCGUUGAGAGCAUCUCUCUCUCUCUCUCUCUCUCUCUCUCUCUCUCUCUCUCUCGUGCUGCUGUGCACGCUCCAGUACACUGGCGUUUCGCGCACACACGUGCACGCUCUCCUCGCGCUCUCCCUCUCCUUGAGUGAUGCAGCCAGAAAUCCCUGCGCCCGCACUGUCACCAACUGGACCCCACGUGAAAAAACGACCACUAAUUGGAGAAAAUGUGUUGAUUUGUCUUUUUUAAUGAUGCAACUUUCCCUUUUUUAAACGACAAUAAUGUGUUUUCGUCUGUUUUGAGGCUUUUACUCGUCGAGGCAGACACCAAGGAGUACUAUGGGUGAGCGAGCCACGAGAAGCGGCUGAGGAUUUGGAACGCUUUGGAUGAACGGGUUAGGCAGCCGCUAGGAGGCUGUUAGCUUAGUGCUUCACCACCACGCAGAGGCAACAGGCAUGAUUUUACACUAGCAUUUAAAACCACCGCGUGCACCUGCGUCUCCUCUUUUCACUCACGAAUAUAACUCGCAGCUGGGAAAAUUUUAUUUUCGGACAAACAUGGCUCACCUAAUCCGACACAAGCUAACGAACAAGCUGACCAAUGCUGCCCACACGGUGUCCAACAAAUCCCAGGCCAAGGUCAGCGGGAUGUUCGCCCGUCUGGGCUUCCAAGCCGCAACGGACGAGGAGGGACUGGGUUUCGCCGAGUGCGACGACUUGGAUUAUGACUACAGGCAAGGGAUGCAAAUGGAUGUCCUUCAGGGCGGGGAGGAGGGGGGGCACAUGGAGGGAGAGGGGGAUCUGGACGGGGACAGCCACUACCAGAGAGACGGCACUGGCCCCAGGCCUUCGUCCCUGAAGACUGGGGGCUCCGUGGACGAGGACAAGCCCAAAAUCACAUCAUGGGAGGCUGGCUGGAACGUCACCAAUGCCAUUCAGGGCAUGUUCGUCCUCGGCCUGCCGUACGCCAUCCUCCACGGCGGCUACCUCGGCCUCUUCCUCAUCAUCUUCGCGGCCGUCGUGUGCUGCUACACGGGGAAAAUCCUCAUAGCGUGUCUGUACGAGGAGAACGAGGACGGCAUCAAGGUGCGCGUGCGGGACUCCUACGUGGACAUCGCCAACGCCUGCUGCGCGCCGCGCUUCCCGAGGAUCGGCGGGCACGUCGUGAACGUGGCCCAGAUCAUUGAGCUGGUGAUGACCUGCAUUCUGUACGUCGUGGUCAGCGGGAACCUGAUGUACAACAGUUUCCCCGGGUUUCCGGUGUCGCAGAAGGCCUGGUCCGUGGUGGCCACGGCCGCGCUCCUGCCCUGCGCCUUCCUCAAGAACCUGAAGGCCGUGUCCAAGUUCAGCUUCCUGUGCACGCUGGCGCACUUCGUCAUCAACAUCCUCGUGAUCGCCUACUGCCUCUCCAGGGCGCGCGAGUGGGCGUGGGAGAAGGUCAAGUUUUACAUCGACGUGAAGAAGUUCCCCAUCUCCAUCGGCAUCAUCGUGUUCAGCUACACCUCGCAGAUCUUCCUGCCGUCGCUGGAGGGCAACAUGCAGAGGCCCAGCGAGUUCCACUGCAUGAUGGAGUGGACCCACAUCGCCGCCUGCGUCCUCAAGGGCCUGUUCGCGCUGGUGGCCUACCUGACGUGGGCGGACGCCACCAAGGAGGUCAUCACGGACAACCUCCCGGCGACCAUACGGGCCGUGGUGAACCUCUUCCUCGUCGCCAAGGCGCUGCUGUCGUACCCGCUGCCGUUCUUCGCCGCCGUGGAGGUUCUGGAGAAGUCCCUGUUCCAGGACGGCGGCAGGGCCCUGUUCCCCGACUGCUACGGCCCCGGCGGGCAGCUGAAGUCGUGGGGCCUGGGGCUGCGCGUGGCGCUGGUGGUCUUCACCCUGCUCAUGGCCGUGUUCGUCCCGCAUUUCGCCCUGCUGAUGGGUCUGACUGGGAGCCUGACGGGGGCGGGCCUCUGCUUCCUCCUGCCCAGCCUCUUCCACCUCAAGCUCCAGUGGAGGAACCUCCUGUGGCACCACGUCUUCUUCGACGUGGCCAUUUUCGUAAUCGGGGGCAUUUGCGCGGUCUCCGGCUUCAUCCACUCCAUCGAAGGGCUUAUAGAAGCGUUUAAGUACAACAUCCACGACUGAGCGCUUCGGCCGCGGCCUCGCGGGACACGACACAGACCCUGUCAAAGCGCCGCGGCCGCGCGACAGAGGGGGAGGAUCAUUUGUGUGAAACGUACAGCUUUUUAGUUUGCCUUCGUGAAAAUGUGCAAUAAUACAAUCUACAAUCAUAGUGUAAAAGUAGUCUACUCAUUCCAGAAAACAGGCCCGACCGGCCUGAGGAGGUGCGCUGUGGCAUGCAGGCAUUAACAGGUCAAUCCAACAUAGCUUUUAUGGAAAGUUGUUAAAGCCUGAGGCUGGUUUAACUGUGGGUGUGUAUGUGUGUAUUUCUGGGAAAUGAAAUGUGUAAAAAAACAAUGGAGUGACUUUGUUUUUAUUGGUUUUUGAGCUGCUAGAUAUAAAAUUAAGUCCACUUGAGAGAAAAUAACACAAAAGGCACAUAUCAGACCUGAUGGUGCUGAGUGGACAAUAAUAACCAUGAAUAACGUCUGUGUAGUUGUUUAAACAGAAUUCUUAUUAUUUAUUAUGCAUUUCUGUUUGGUGUUUAUUUUCCAUCCUACUCUUAUAGUCGUCCUGGUUGUUUUCCUGGUGUUUCAAGUGUCAUUCUGGAUGAAGUGAAGUCAAAGUGCAAGCAAGUGGGUCCUAACUGUGUUUUAUGGAAAUGUCUAAUGAUAAUGAAAUCUUCUUCCUAUUGAACAUGUUUAUUGUGAUUUAUUGGAACUUGGUGUGUGAGACAAAGAGUAUUUGUUGAAUUAAGAGAUGAAUAAAUCAGAUAUUUUAUGGC